UUUCAGUUGAGUUCUCCGACUCGGAGGCGUAGUGUGUCACCCAUACUUUAAACUACAGUAUUUUCAGAAGGGGUGAUUGACACUGUCAAAUGCAACGUACGAGUCAGCGGUGUGAAUAAGACAGCAUGAACUUUACCCCGACACGCACCCCUGUCUGCAGAAACGUUAGUGGUCCCACCAGGUGGAAAGAAAUGGCAGAUUUGAUGGAGUCAACUCCCUUGCCUUCGGUCAAAGAUCGGCUGGCUGUCCUCCACCCUUCCCAGGAGCUUCUGGAAUAUUAUCAGAAGAAGAUGGCUGAGUGUGAGGCAGAAAAUGAAGAUCUCUUGAAGAAGCUGGAACUCUACAGAGAAGCUUGUGAAGUACAGCAUAAACUUGAAUGGGAUUUGCAGCAGAGAGAGGAAGAGAUUGCUGAAUUGCAGAAAGCGCUAAGUGAUAUGCAGGUCUGCCUUUUCCAAGAACGGGAACACGUUUUACGUCUCUACGCAGAAAAUGACCGUCUGAGAAUCAGAUCCUAAAGUAAGCAAAAGAAGACCAUCAAUAAGAAGGAGGGAAGACAGCUCUGAGCAUUAUCAGAGAGACACACACACGCUCAUCCUACAAGUGGAAGCGCUGCAGGCGCAGCUGGAAGAGCAGACCAGACUCUCCAGGGAACAGGUCGAAGGGCUCGUGGAGGACAGGCGUGUGCGCAUUGAGGAAAUACAAGUUCAGCACCAAAGAAAUCAGGACCGAGUCAAAGAGCUAACCAAACGCCUCCAUCAUGCCCAAGAACUCCUGUAUGAGAGCACCAAAGACUUCCUGCAACUGAAGUUUGAGAACCAAGGCAGAGAGAAGUCAUGGAUGCUUGAAAAGGAUCAGCUGACGUCAAAGAUUAAGCAGUAUAGGGCGCAGUGUAAGAAGAGAGAGGACAAAACUGGACAAGCUUUCCCAGCUUCCCGUGAGAGGCAUCAUGCUCACAGUGAAUAUAUUAAGUCCUUGAAGGAUAAGUUACUGCAAGAGAAAAAGCUGUCCAGCAUGUACCAAGAGCAGUGCGUUUCCUUGGAAGAAGAGCUGGCCCGCAUCCGAGAGGAGGAGGGAGUGCACAGAGAGAUCUUCCAGGACCGCUCUAACAAGAUGGGGAAGCGUCUACAGAUCAUGACCAAACGCUACGAGGCCCUGGAGCAUCGACGUAACCUGGAAGUCGAAGGCUUUAAGACGGAUAUUAAGGUUCUUCGACAGAAGCUGAAAGACUUGGAGCGAAUGCUGUACAAGGCCACAGUGAACUCGCAGGCAAACCAGGACCUUGCCAUUCUGUGCGAGGUCCGCAACAGCAACAGGCGGGCACACAAGAUACAAGGCGAGCUGAAGAACCUCAAGUCCAAAGUGUUUGGUCUGGAGAAUGAACUCAGGCUCUGCUGACACGCACUUCAGACGAGGCUUGCUUGGAGCGCACGUGCUCUCCGGAGUGUGCACCUACAAUUGAUUCGAGGAGUGGUGUCCAUUUUUAUAAAGACAGUAGGAAAUCAGGGCACUAAGAAAGCUUUUCUUGCCCGCCAAGCCUUCUUUGUACUUUUCACUCUCCUGGGGCGUGGGGCAGUAGCCGAAAUUACUUUGAGCUUUCCUACGUUCUCUCCCAUUUGUAUUGACUGCUCUUUGUUUUUCUUUGCUAAGAAGGCAGUGAGUGAACCUCACACAGUUUUUGCUAUGGUUUUGGCUGUCAGCUGGAAGAACACUUUCCCUACAGGAUCAGCCCUCUGGGGCGUGUUUCCUCCAGCAGGGAAAGUUGCGGCUGCCGGUCACCCCCCAAAUCGGCCGUCUUUCCUCAGUCACAAGCGUGUGCUGACUCACCACCAGAGGGCAGUAGAGCUCUUACUCGAGCAAAAUGUUCCUCUGAAAAAUAGAGCCGGCUGCUGAGGAGGGGCAAAGCUGAAAGGAUCCUUGUGUGAAAAAUUUGACAACUUUACCAAUAACAUGUUUUUUAAAGUUUUGUAUUUCACAUUAACUACGAUUUUCAAUAAAAUAUAUAAUUUAAAA